AUGGGUAAGAAGAACACCAAGGGUGGUAAGAAAGGUAGAAGAGGUAAGAACGAUUCUGACGGUCCUAAGCGUGAGCUUAUCUACAAGGAAGAGGGCCAAGAAUAUGCGCAAAUCACUAAAAUGUUGGGUAAUGGUAGAGUAGAGGCAUCGUGUUUCGACGGUGAAAAAAGAAUGGCACACAUCAGAGGAAAACUCAGAAAGAGAGUGUGGAUGGGUCAAGGUGACAUCAUUUUGGUGUCUUUGAGAGACUUCCAAGACGACCAGUGUGAUGUUGUGCACAAGUACAAUUUGGAUGAAGCGCGUACGUUGAAAAGCCAGGGAGAAUUGCCUGAGAACGCCAAGAUCAACGAAACCGACAACUUUGGUUUCGAAUCCGACGAAGACGUCAACUUUGAAUUCGGUAAUGCCGACGACGACAGCGAAGACGAGGACGAGGAUGACCUUGACAUUGAUGACAUUUAG